CUGUGUGCCCUCUCACCUGCAGGUCUGGGGUCCUGAGGCUACUGGCAGGCUAUGGGUACAACAGCAAGCGCAGCCCAGCAGACGGUCUCAGCUGGCACCUCCUUUGAGGGCCUGCAGGACAGCAGCUCCAUGGACGGCAGGCCUUCACUCAGUGUGCAGUCCUUCCACACCACAGGCUUGCACAACAGCAAGGCCAAGUCCAUCAUCCCCAACAAGGUGGCCCCUGUUGUGAUCACGUACAAUUGCAAGGAGGAGUUCCAGAUCCAUGAUGAGCUGCUCAAGGCCCAUUACAGGAUGGGCAGGCUCUCAGAUGCCACCCCUGAGCACUACCUAGUGCAGGGCCGCUAUUUCCUGGUGCGUGAUGUCACUGAGAAGAUGGACAUACUGGGCACCUUGGGGAGCUGUGGGGCUCCCAACUUCCGGCAGGUGCGGGGUGACCUCCCUGUGUUUGGCAUGGGGCAGCCCAGCCUCUUGGGGUUCAGGAGGCUCCUGCAGAAACUCCAGAAAGAUGGGCACAAGGAGUGCAUCAUCUUCUGCGUGCGGGAGGAGCCUGUGCUGUUCUUGCGUGCUGAAGAGGACUUUGUGUCCUACACACCUCGAGACAAAGAGAGCCUUCACGAGAACCUCAGGGGCUCUGGACCAGGGGUCAAGGUUGAGAGUCUGGAGCUGGCUAUCCGGAAAGAGAUCCAUGACUUUGCCCGGCUGAGAGAGAAUGCGUAUCACGUGUACCACAACACAGGUGACCUGCGUGGGGAGCCGCACACCGUGGCCAUCCGAGGUGAGGAUGAUGUGCACGUGACCGAGGAGGUGUUUAAGCGGCCGCUGUUCCUGCAGCCCACCUACAGAUACCACCGCCUCCCCCUGCCAGAGCGAGGGGCCCCCCUGGAAGCCCAGUUUGAUGCUUUUGUCAGUGUCCUCCGGGAGACCCCCAGCCUUCUGCGGCUUCGAGAUAACCAAGGUCUUCCCCCUGCCCUCCUGUUCAGCUGUCAGUCGGGUGUUGGGAGGACCAACCUGGGCAUGGUUCUGGGUACCCUUGUGCUGUUCCACUACAGUAGAACCACCUCCCAACCAGAGGCUGGCUCCUUGCUGACCAAAACCCUGCCCAUGGAGCAGUUUCAGGUGAUCCAUGGCUUCAUCGGCAAGGUGCCCCAGGGGAAAAAGAUAAUAGAGGAGGUGGAUCGAGCUGUCGCUGCCUGUGCAGAAUUGCACGACCUGAGGGAAGAGGUCCUAAAGAACCAGAGGAAGCUAGGAGGCUUCAGGCCAGGGACCCCAGAGCAGGAAAGUGGUGUCCAACAGAGGGCGCUGUGGAGCCUGGAGCUGUACUUCUAUCUGAUCCUAUUUAACUACUAUUUGCAUGAGCAGUACCCCCUGGCCUUUGCCCUCAGUUUCAGUCGAUGGCUGUGUACCCACCCUGAGCUGUACCGUCUGCCAGUGAUGUCCUUGAAUGCUGUGGGGCCCAUGGUCCCUGGGGACCUCAUCGCCAAGGGCUCCCUGGAAGCAGAUGAUCUUAUUUCCCCGGAUGCACUCAGCACCAUCAGAGAGAUGGACGUAGCCAACUUCCGGCGUGUACCGCGCAUGCCUAUCUAUGGUACCGCCCAGCCCAGUGCCAAGGCCUUAGGCAGCAUUCUGGCCUACCUGUCUGAUGCCAAGAGGAAGCUACGGCAGGUGGUCUGGAUAAACCUGAGGGAGGAGCUGGUACUGGAGUGUGACGGUCACAUGCACAGCCUGUGGCCACCCGGACCAACCCUGGCCCCGGAGCAGCUGGAGACCUUGGAGGCCCAGAUGAAGGCCCACCUGAGUGCUCCAGCCCCCGGCACCAAGAGCCCUACCACCCCCAGGUUCCAGAAGUGCCUGACCACACAGGAGGUCUUCAGUCAACACCAGGGGGCCUGCCUUGCCCUGACCUACCACCGUAUUCCUGUGCCAGACUUCUGCGCCCCCCGAGAGGAGGACUUUGACCGGCUGCUUGAGGCCCUGCAGGCUGCUCUCACCAAGGACCCAGGCACAGGCUUUGUCUUCAGCUGCCUCAACGGCCAGGGCCGGACCACAACUGCCAUGGUGGUGGCUGUACUGGCCUGCUGGCACAUCGGGGGCUGCCCCGAGGUGGGUGAGGAGGAGCUAGUGAGCGUGCCUGAUGCCAAGUUCACCAAGGGCGAGUUUCAGCUGGUGAUGCAGGUGGUACAGCUGCUGCCGGAUGGCCACCAUGUGAAGAAGGAGGUGGAUGCGGCCUUGGACACUGUCAGCGAGACCAUGACACCCAUGCACUACCACCUUCGGGAGGUCAUUAUCUGCACCUACCGACAGGCAAAGGCCACCAAAGAGGCACAGGAGGCUAGGAGGUUACAGCUGCGGAGCCUGCAGUACCUGGAGCGUUACAUCUACCUAAUCCUCUUUAACGCCUACCUCCGCCUGGAGAAGGCCAGCUCCUGGCAGAGGCCCUUCAGCACCUGGAUGCAGGAGGUGGCAACCAAAGCUGGCAUCUAUGAGAUCCUCAACCAGCUGGGCUUCCCUGAGCUGGAGAGCACAGAGGACCAGCCCCUGUCAAGGCUCCGCUACCGCUGGCAGGAGCAGAGCCGAGACUCAGAGCCCUGUGAUGCUGGGGACUUCCUGUAGGCCUUCUCGUUCCUUGCCAAGUGGGCUAGCGGCCUGAGGUUCUCUUUGCUUCAGACGGACACCUGCCAGCGUCCUGGAGAGACUGAGGCCCUGAGAGCCUUUGGAAAGAGGUUUCCGUACGAUGCGUAGACAGCACAACCAUUUUUUUGUAAUGGCCUCAGAUACCUACCAGAGGAGCAAGUGCACAGCCUCCAGGGAGCUUGCUCUCCAAACAGCCAGUCACCAUCACUGUCCCCUCUCACUGCUGGGCAUCAGACUGCCUACGUGGGCAGAAGGCCGGCCAUGUUCAUGUUUUCACCCCCUUCCCCCAGUUGGCUUGCUCUUGCGUCUCAGUCUUUCAGCCUAGGCA